UUUUCGUAAGAAGUUAAAAAUGAAUAUAGAACCUAAGACUUUUUAACAUUACAUUUGUCAAAAUUUCUUGAAUAUUACAGUUUUUAGGUAACAUAUGUGAAAACCCCUUAUGUUUACAAUACUACGUGCUUGUUUGUGAAAAUUUCCUGACUGUUCAUUUCUGCCUUUUGUAGUUGAAGAGUUUUCUUAAUGAAAGCUUGUUUUCAUUUUUUAUAUUACUGCUUACAUUGUUUGUACUAUAUUUAUCAUCUUGGCACUAAAUUUUAGGGUUUACCCGACUCUGAGGUCCUUUAUGGAUAUCGUGUCGAUGGACCUCGAGGAUGGGAUCAAGGCCAUCGGUUUGACAUCAAUACAAUUCUUCUAGAUCCAUAUGCAAAAUUAGUUUCGGGUCGCAAAAUUUUUGGGGAUGUUGAACAAAGAAUGUCUGAGAUCCUUGGAAUUUAUGAUUUUAAUAGUGCACCAUUUGAUUGGGGGCCUAAUUAUAAGCUCCCAGAUAUACCCGAGACAGAUCUAGUCAUAUAUGAAAUGAAUGUUCGCUCAUUUACAGCUGAUGAGUCAAGUGGACUAGAUCCUGAAAUUCGUGGCAGCUAUCUGGGUGUUAUCAGCAAGAUACCACAUUUGUUGGAGCUUGGUGUCAAUGCUGUGGAACUGUUACCAGUUUUUGAGUUUGAUGAGCUGGAAUUUCAGAGGCAUCCAAAUCCUAGAGAUCACUUGGUAAGUACUUUUUUAUAAUCUUCGUGUUUCAUCCUGUAGUGAA